GCGUGCGCGCUCACCGUACGGACGUGUGUAGGUAUCGAUACGUAACAACCAGUGAACAAAAAUAUUAUUAUUACAAAAUGGUGCAAUGUAAGAAGUGCAACCUUUUUGUAUCCUUAGUAAAGGAUGACAUAGUGAAGUGCAAAGGUGAAUGUGGUAAUGUUUACCACAAAAAAUGUGUAAACAAAAAGUUUAUGAAUAAUGCAACUUGCGAUGACUGCCAAUUAAAUAAAUGCAGUCCUAAACAAUCCGGAGAUGACGUAAAGUUAACUCUAAACCCCAGGGAAGAGUCUGGUGAAAACGUGUUGGCCGAAGUAAAUAAGAAAUUGGCGGUGAUUUAUAACUUGGAUAAGAAGAUAGAAGAACUUACCAAAAGUGUGGAAUUCUAUGCUGAUAUGUACCAGUCCUUACUAGAAUAUAAGGAAGAGUCGCAGAAGAAAAUCAAGGCAUUAGAACAAAAGAAUGUAUAUCUUGAAAAAUGUAAUAAAGCAUUAGAAGAAAGAGUACAAGAGAUAGAAAUGAGAGAUAAAGAAAAAAACCUUGAAAUACACGGACUAGAGAAAUGCGGCAACGAAAACACCAAACAAGUUGUUAAAAAACUUGCUGAAAAACUAAAACUUGACCCAAAUGAAAUCGAAGAUGCACAGAGGGUAGGCCAAGAAAAACCAGAUGAUACAAAGCCCAAGAUUGUGCUGGUUACCUUACGGUCUAAGUCUGCUCGCAAUAACUGGAUGCUUGUGAAGAAGGAUACUAAAAUAUAUAAUGAUAAGGUCUAUGAUAACGGCAGUGAAAGAAGAAUAUAUUUUAACGAAGAUUUGCCAAAGUAUAAGCGACAACUUCUAUGGGCGGUGAGAAAUAAGCUUAAGCCGAAAGGUUACCAGUAUAUAUGGGUGCAAAAUUGCAAUAUCUUGGUUAAAAAGAAUACUGAGGAGAAAAAAAUCUACAACAUAAGGUCGGAAGACGAUUUGAAAAAAUUCGACGAAUGUACCUAAACAUCGCGCAUAAGGCGGCACGCAACACACUACGUGAUAAUGAUCAGCAACAUUCGAUCGUAUAGAUGACAUUCCUAAUGACAUAAACUUCAAUAGAUAUUAUGAUAUGAUGGCUUUACAUAAAUACCUAACUCAGAAUACAUGGAACACUCAUAUUCUACACCUAAACAUAAGAUCUCUUCGAAAACACUUCAAUGAAUUAAUAGUAAUGUUGGAUAAAAUUAAAUAUAACAUAGAUAUAUUGAUUUUAAGUGAGAUAAAUAUAAAGAAAGAAGAACUACAGAUAUAUCAAAUAGUUGGAUACAAUACUUUUAUACAUACUAGAGAAACCAAACGAGGAGGUGGAUUGUUAAUAUAUUUUAAGAACAGUUUAAAUUUUGAAGCUGCAGUAGUAAAUACAAGGGAAAUAGAAACAAUACAUGGUCAAUUGAUUAAUGGGAAGGACAAAACUCAUAUAGUUGCGAUUUACAGACCACCUGCAAAUAAUAAAUUAAUAUUCAUCCAGCAAUUAAAUGCCCUAAUAAAAUCCAUUCCAUCAUCUGAAAAUGUUAUCGUGAUUGGCGACACUAAUAUUAACAUCUUAAAUGACACGACAAACCCUACCGUAACAAGAUACAAAAACGCCCUGUGUGGAUGCGGCCUGCUGUGUGCAAUACCUAGCGACGAAAUAACGCGCGAAGCGAUCGCGGACGGCCGGCUCGAGACUUCGUGUUUGGAUCACAUCUGGGUGCGAGCGAGACGGAGCGAGUGCGACGCGAGCGCGUAUGUGCUUGAGUCGCGCAUUGCAGACCAUCACGCAGUGGGGAUAUCGUUGAAGUUAUGUGUGAGUGACAACGAAAAUCAGUGUGUGAGUGCCAGUAGUAAUAAUAAUGGUGUGCGCGAAGUGAUUUGUAACAAAACUGUGAAACAAAAACUGGAUGAAUAUGACUGGACUCAGUUGCUUAAUAUAUCAUGUCCGAUAGUUUUAUAUGAGACUAUGUGCAAUGUAUUUGAAAGGAUUUAUAGGGAAAGUACAGUUAAAGUUACGUUAGGUAAUAAGAAAACAAUAAGACAACCAUGGGUAGAUAAAGAUUUAUAUACAAUGUUAUUGCGAAAAGAUUGUUUAUUUAGAAUAUGGAAAGUUGAUCCGAAGAAUAUGAACAAGCGAUUAGACUAUACAAAAUUUAGAAAUAAAGUAAACAAACUAAUUAUUAUGGCAAAAAAUAAUUACAGACAGGAACAAAUUAGGAAAUGUAAUGGAGAUUUUAGAAAAAUAUGGCAGAAUAUAAAUGAAUGGUUAGGACGUAAUAAGACUAGCUCAGGUGAUGUCAUAUUAAGGCAUUUAGGUAAAAUAGAUAGUAUAGAACAAAUUUGUACAAAUUUCACUAAAACAUUUACGGAGGAAAUAAAGGCGAUUAAACAUACAUGUAACUUGAAAUUCUUAGAUAGAAAUAAAUAUGUAAUACCGAGUGAAGUGAGUUAUAGGUAUAAAAAAGUCUCCUCGGAAGAAGUAGAAAAGGUUAUAAGGAACUUGUCAUGUGAAAAAGCACCCGGUUCCGAUGCAAUACGAGCGCAGGACAUUAUUUAUAUACAAAAGCGAAUAAGUCCGGUUCUAGCAUUAUUUAUAAACACCUCAUUGACUAGUGGAAUCUAUCCUGACAAAUUAAAAAACGCAAUUAUCCGUCCUAUUUAUAAAUCAGGUAGUCAUUUAGAUUAUGCGAAUUACCGGCCUAUCGCAAUAUUAUCAGUUAUAGAUAAAAUAAUCGAAAAAAUAGUUGUAGGUCAGAUCAGCGGGUUUUUGGAAAAUCAUAAAAUACUAUGUGACACUCAACAUGGUUUCCGUAGAGGACGAAACACGGUCUCGGCUCUUUUAGGUUUCUCUGACUACAUUAAUGAGUCUCUGGAUUCUGGGAAACAGGUUUUGGCGCUUUUCAUUGACUACAAAAAGGCAUUUGACACACUAGACCAUGAGAUAUUAUUACAGGCAAUGGAUGAAUGCGGAAUACGCGGUCCCACAAAUAAAUGGUUUAAAGACUACCUAACCAAUAGAAAGAUAAAUACCUUCAUAUCUGGCAAGUCAGGGAAAGAGGCGGUUGUAGAAUUGGGUGUGCCGACUGGAUCUGUGUACGGGCCAGUAGGAUAUAUAAUGCAUGUAAAUGGUGUGUCAAAUGUCGUAGAGAAGUGUAAGGUAUUUAUGUACGCUGAUGAUAUGUGCCUUAUAUAUGCAUCCAGAGAUAUAACCGAAGCUCAGAAGUAUAUACAGAAUGACUUUGAAAACAUCAGUAAAUGGGCACAUGACAAUGGAAUUAUAUUAAACCAUAAAAAAACGAAAUGUAUGCAUAUAUACUCGCCAUAUAAUCGGAAUGCUAAAUCUGUAAAUACUGAAUCUGUCGCAAUUUUAGGGCAUACAUAUGAAUGUUUACACAGAAACAAAUAUAACUGUAAUUGUAAUAAACUAGAAUAUGUACAACAAUUUCGAUACUUAGGCCUAACAGUAGAUAACAAUUUCAGUUGGAAAUUGCAUGUAAACGACAUUUGUAACAGACUAAGGUCUGUGUUAUGUAAGUUUUACCACCUAAAAUUUGUAUUAAACAAAAAGACGUUAAGAUUAGUUUACUUCGCACUUGCAGACUCGCUGUUAAGUUAUGGACUUCUUGUGUACGGCCGAACAUUCAAAACAUAUUUAAAAGACAUUAAAGAUAUACAAAUAAGACUGCUAAAGUUCCUAGUAAGUAGAAAUGUUAAAGCUGAGUGCAAUAAAGAGUAUGAUAGAUUGUUUCCCAUUUGUAAAAUCAUACCCGUUGAUAAAAAAGUUGAAUAUUUAAUUGGACUGGAAUAUUAUUAUAAGGAAAUGUAUAAAAUUAACGUUAAGAACAAAUAUAAUACACGUAGGGUUAGAGAAAACCAACUGGCUGUGCCAAAAAUUAAAAACUAUUAUGGUAAAAGAACAUCCGCCUACUUAGUACCUAAAGUGUUUAACAAGUUAGAUAUAUUAAGAGAAGAAGGAAAGAAAUAUAGUAAAGGAUCUCUAAAGUCAAAAUUAAAAAGAAUGUUGUUAGAGUUAAGGAGGUAAAUUAUUAUUGU